AUGGAGACCAUUAACACUAUCAAAGACGCCGCUACCAAGGCUAUUUGGGGCGAUCCCGAAGCCCACAAGGAGCCAGUCUCUGGACGCAUGGGCAACACCGCUGCUGGCGAGCCAUACGAUGCCGGCAACAUUGAAUCAACCUCUACUGCUCUCAAGACCACCAACCCCAACCCAGAAGUCGAACCUAUCAACACUCCUCUGAAGACAGAGAACACGGACGAGGUUGUCACCAACGCCGAGUUCAACAAGAACGCCAACCCCUCAGCUACUAGUGUUGAGCUUCCCCCGGCCACGCCCUCCGAGAAGCCCAGCGCCACGACCACCGCCGUCACAACCAAGGACGAUGCCGAUUCCAGCAAACCAGACACCAACCCCGCCGCAGCCCAGCCGUCAUCCAAUAUCCCGGGCGACUCGACCCACGCUCAGAACGACACUCGUGCUCCCACUAACCCACUUGCGGUUCACCACUCCGUCGGCGAGACCGGCAAGCCUGAUGCCAAGAAGAAUGUUGACGACAGCGGCGAUGGAGUCGACAAGUCUGACAACCCCGUCAAGAUCGAUGGUCCUGGCCCACGACCCUUGGAGGUGUUAGCCAAGGAACAUGGUGGUGAUGCCGGUGCUAAGGCUAGAGAUGAGAGGAAGGGACAGAGGUCAAGCAGUGUCGACACCCAAGAGGACCACGAGGAUGGGACGGGGGAGCUGUAUGUUCGUAGCAGUGGGCUGAAGGCUGAUGGCGGUGACUUUGAUGCUGCCGCGCCGGGUGCUGGGAAGGAGGCUGAUCGUAUGUAUUCACAACACCAACCCUUUGUUUGA